AGCGACUCCAAACCAUCCAACAUAACUUUCUCGUUGUAGCAUCGAUUUCUUGGCGCCAACAAUACAAAAUCUGAGAGUAUACAGUGAUUGAUUGCAAUGAACUGUUUACGAAAAGCCAGAUGCUGGGAAUCUUUCAGAAGACUUGCAGCUAUUCGAAAUCUUGUGACGGUUUCGCCCGCAGCCCCUGCAGCCAGGAACCACAAGAUUGUCGUUGUUGGAAACGGCUCCGCUGGUGUUGCAGUCAGUCAUCAGCUAUUGCGAAAAGGCAAAUUUGCAAAAGACGACAUUGCAGUCAUCGAUCCCGCACAAUGGCACCAUUAUCAGCCUGGUUGGACACUUGUUGGAGGAGGGUUGAAAGACAAGAAAGCUUUAAGGACACCAAUGAAUGACUUGGUGGACGGGAAACUGAAACUCUAUAACAAGAGCGUUGCGUCAUUCAGCCCAAACAACAAUUUUUUGACACUAGAAAGUGGUGAUAUGAUCCAUUACGACCACCUUGUGGUUGCACCAGGCAUCAAGAUUGACUAUGGCAGCGUCAACGGCUUGUCUGAAGCAAUGAGCAACCCAAAUAGUUCCGUCGCAUCCAUCUACAGCUACGACUACUGCGACAAAGUCUUCCAAAACAUCCAACGAUUAAAAUCAGGCUCCGCUAUCUUCACCCAACCAGCGGGUGUGAUCAAAUGCGCUGGUGCACCGCAAAAGAUCAUGUGGCUCGCACUAGACCACUGGAGACGAUCUGGCCUGUACCAAAACGACCAAAAAAACUCCGCAAUCAACGUCACUUUUGCUACCGGCCUGCCUAGCAUGUUCGGCGUCCCAAAAUACAACGCCAAACUCGAUGCUUUGCGCGAAGAACGCGGCGUCGAAGGCUUAUUCGAGCACGAUCUCAUCUCCAUUUCCGGCAACACCGCAACAUUCGCUCGUCCAAGCAGCCAAGCCAAAGUCCACCUUCCCUUCUCCUUCUUGCACGUCGCCCCGAAAAACGUCCCCCACGAAUUUGUCAGAGCUAGUCCACUAAGCAACGAAACCGGAUACGUAGACGUGGACCCGCACUCCCUCCGCCACAAAAAAUACCCAAACAUCUGGUCCAUCGGCGACGCCGCAAACCUGCCCACCUCUAAGACCGUCGCAGCGAUAACAUCACAAGCCCUAGUUCUCACACAAAACAUCUUACGCAGUCUCGAGGGUAAAGAUGCAAGCGAGGAGUACGACGGGUACACAUCGUGUCCGCUGCUGACGGGUGAUAAGAAAGUUCUCUUAGCUGAAUUCAAGUACGGUGGCGUGCCUAAGGAGACGUUUGAGGGUUGGUUUGGGGUCGAUCAAGCGGUGCCGCGGCGCGCGUUUUACCAUCUUAAGAAGGAUUUCUUUCCGUGGGUGUACGAUCGCUUUCAUGUCAAGGGACGGUGGGGUGGGCCGAAGGGGUGGAUAUGGUAGGUCGAGAUUUUCGAAGAUGAAACGCGAUAUAGGGGCGUUUUGUUCCUUAUAGUUAUAAGUUUAGUCUGAUGUACAAUAGACAUCGAUAUACAUUUCAUGCCUUUGACC